UCAUUCCGCAUCGAAGCGUCAAACGAGAAGGGUGUGCGUCGUCCGCUGUUCGCCGUGCCGUGAUCGGAACCCACCCCAUCCAAAACGCAGAGCGUACAGAACGGUCCGCUUUGCCAGUGAGUGCGUCGUGUCGUGGCCGCGCUUGUGUUUCGUCGCGUUCGGCAAAUAACUACCUCCGGGUUGCUUCGAAAGUUUUUGGGGAAUUUCAGUGUACAAUAAGGGUUAGCUUGGAGAAAAACAAAACGUUGCAGCAGUGAAAAGUGUGUUUAUUUUUUUAUUCCAUUCUAAACGACACACAUCAACAACAGUGAAAACUUGUGUCUGUGUGUGCUUGUGUGAGAUAGAGUGUGCUAGAGCGAGUGUCUGUGGAGCGCGCAAAAAUCGAAGCGCAUUCUACGGUUUAACGGCUUUUAACCCUCUCUCCGGGUUGUGCAUGUGCAUAUUACCGUACCGUGUGAGGAGGUAGCUCGCUAUUUUUUUUUUUUUGUUCUUUUACGUAAGUGCAUUAUUUCACCGGGGUUGUGGAAGUUUUCCUUUCCCUGGCUGUGUGUGUGCUCUGUGAUGUGGUGAAGCGUAAGCGUGUCUGUGUGCACAAGUGGUAAAGAGGUCGAGGAAAGAGGAAAAAAAAAGCCGAGCCGUUGUCGGUGAGUCGUAUUUAUUACGUCCGGAAACCCGUAAAACCGCAACGGAGCAGAAGGGGUGGAAGAAAUAACCCGAAGCGGUGGUAGUGGUGGUGCUAAAAGAAACAACCCUCUCAAGUGCCUUCCAAAACCGCUGGUGCCGUGACCAGGAAAUUUGCUUUUCAAAAAUCUUUAACCCCCCCACCCAAAUGAGUGCGUACGUGCAGUGUGCUUAAGUGUGUGUGUGUGCGUGUGAGUUUAAAGGCAGUUCAACGUUCAAAUGUCAAUGCUUGUCAGUGAUUGAUGCGAGCAACGGUGCUAGCUUAACUAACGAGCGAAGUAGCCGUGCGAAGAAUCGAGUGCAGCAACAAACCCCAACCACCAUAUUGACCCCCGGAUGCGAUGACGUCCGGCAGGAAGAUGGCGUCGUCCACCAACGGGUGUGUGUGAUCAACGGGUCCGCAUGCGAUGAGGCUGCGAAUAAUUGCGAAAAUUACCAUCUAGUGUCUUCAAUGUGUGGAAACUUAACUCCCUCAGUGUUCAGUGAGCGAAAAGCCCUCCAAAGAGAGAAAGUGUUUAGCAACGAAAAUUUAUCAUCUCAAACUGCUCGCAGGGAGCAAACGGUUUGAUAAUACGCAAAACACCCAAAGUGUACUUCACUAAACAGUGUGUGUGAUAGCACAACGAUGUGCUGCUACCCAACCAAAGUGCUGCUCGUGGUCGUGGGCUUCCUGUCGGCGGUCGCCGCCGCCGCCCACUGGGACCACGCGGUCGACCUGGACGAGAACUAUCGGCUACUGUGGAGCCUCAGCCAGCAGGACAUCACGUUCGAGGUGCAGGCCCGCACGUCCGGGUACGUCGGGCUCGGGUUCUCCACCGACGGUACCAUCUACGGUGCGGACAUUAUCAUCGGCUGGGUCGAGAAUGGGCAGGUUCACUUCCAGGAUCGACACUUUAAGCAGAACAGUAACGGCGAACCACAUGUCGACUCGUCGCAGGACUACGUACUGCUGCUCGGGUACGAGAAUGCAACCCACACGGUGCUGCGGUUCCGCCGGAAGCUCGAUACGUGCGAUACGGCCCAAGAUGUGCCGAUUACGAAUGACACCAUUCGUAUCAUCUACAUGUACCACAACAGUGAGCCGAGGAAUGGUUCGCAGGCGAUGGGCACACUGCCCGACCCGACCGAAGCGUUCAAGGACUCGGUGCCGAUCUUUCUGACGCAGCGCGUCAAUCAGGUGCCGAUCGAGCUGGACUCGCGGACGCGCACGAUCGAGCUGAAGAACAAGGACGUCCCGAUACCGCAGACGGACGAUAAUCUGCGCUGGUGUACGAUGUUCAAGCUGGACCAGUUCGUGCGAAAGCACCACGUUAUUCGGUAUGAGCCAGUAAUUGAGUCACGGUCAAACAUUCCCCAUCUGAGACACAUCGUGCUGUACGAGUGUCAGGGCUCGACUCCGGAGCUGGAGAUUAUGUCGCGCGAGUUUGGCCGCUCGUGCAUGGAGGCGGAGAAGGAGCUGCUGACGUGCAACUCGAUCGUCGCUGCGUGGUCCCGCGGUUCAGAGGGUUUCACCUAUCCGCUCGAGGCCGGCUACCCGCUCGACUCGUACCAGGCCCGCUUCUACAUGAUGGAAACGCACUACACCGGGUUCCAGAGCAACUCGGUCGACCUGACGCCACGCGUCGACAACUCGGGCCUGCGGCUCUACUACACGACCACGCUGCGCAAGCACGACGCGGGCGUCCUGUCCGUCGGCAUGCAGCCGAACUGGCGGCACAUCAUCCCGCCCGGCCAGGAUCGGGUCCUGUCCGAGGGCCACUGCAUCGAGGAGUGCACGCAGCGGGCGUUUCCCCGGCCCGGCAUCAACAUCUUCGCGGUGAUGAUGCAAACGAACGGCAUGGGCCGGCAGAUCCGGUUCCGCCAGGUGCGCUCGCGGGAAGAGCUGACGCCGAUCGCGCACGACGGCAACGUGGACGCCAACUACCAGGAGUACCGCCGGCUGCACACGCCGGUAAAGGCGCUGCCGGGCGACCGGUUGAUCGCGGAAUGCACGUACGACAGCACGGGCAGGAAGCAGAUCGCGCUCGGCGGCUAUUCGUCGCGUGACGAAACCUGCCUGGUGCUGAGCCUGUACUAUCCGCGCCAGAAGGAGCUGACGAGCUGCCACUCGAUACCGAGCCUGCCGACGGUGCUGCGGGCGGUCGGCAUCAACGAGCUGGCGGCCGGUACGAACCCGAUCCGGAUCGCGUCGCCGGCGGAGAUUGCGGGCAUGACGCUGGAGGAACGGCUGCUCACGUACGAUUGGCGCGUGAACUUCAACGACUUCCAGUACGUCGUGCGGAAGGGUGCGUUCAAGCCGCUGUGCUGGAGCGCCCGCAACACGCCCAUACCGGGCACCGAUAACGUGGAUGCGUACGCACCGAACCUAACGAAAAUCUGGCGCCCGAUGGCAACGUGCAGCUUUAGCGGCGGUGCAUCGUCGGCCCACGGCACGAUGCCCGGCGGCGGCAGCAGCUACAGCGUCAACCGGUUCGUGACCGAGCGUGACAUCAGCCUGGACCGGCCGCCGGAGGACGACGACGACCGGUGGAACGUGAUCGAGGGUGCGGCCCGGAGCAAAUCCAUCCGCAGCUCGGCCCCGUCCGCCAGUCUGGCGAGCGGCGUGACGCUCGCCGUGGCCGUGUCGCGGCUCGUGCUGUUUGUGAUCUUUCUCAACACGGUCAGGUUACUGUGAGGCUGCUGCGUGGCGGGACGGUGCGUUUCGGCACGGCAGGUAGGAGCAACGGUGAUAACAGGCGAAUCCAGCGAGCAGCAGCUGCCACACCGGGCGUAUGGCGCACGUGAUACUAAGACUGGGUUUUUGACUAGCAGUUUUGUGCUGCAGGGGGGGGGGGAAAGAGGGGGGGGGGAUUUUAAAAGAAGCGGUGUAUAUAUUACGGUAAGGUGCAGAGCGUUUUAGUCUGAUAGUAGCUGUGUAGGUAGGUGCUCUUUUCUUCUUACCGUGGUGCUGCUCCGGGCUCACGCACGCCCCGCCCGCUUUCAGUGUCGCUUCGAUGCCAACGGAUUGUGUUUUCGGAGAGAACGAUCCGGCUCGAAGGACCAAAAAAAAAGGGGGUUAAACACACAAGUUCACUAGUCAUUUUAGGUGCCCACAAAUCGGGGGCACAAACGGGGUUGUGUACCGGAGCGCGCACGGAAGGUGAAAGCGUUACGGGGAAACGUUGAGUAGUACGUAUUUAAUUCAGGGAUGUGUAAAUUGUCAAACACGACGGAAGAAAGAAAAAAAAAAUGAAGGGAAGAAAAACCAAGAAGUGAGCCAGUUUUGUAGGAAGAA